UUUCCUGUGAUGUCUGUUUAAAUAGUAUGUUUGACUUCCUUAACUGUCAGUCACUCAGACUUCUGCCAGUUUAAUGAAAUGGAUGUAAUCUAUGCAAAUUCUGAACUCAUAUGUUCAACAAAUGCUUCAAUUAACAAAUGCUCCCGAUACAAAGGUCAGAAGACCCUCAAGAAAGAAGUGACUGUGCAUAAAUGGAUUAAAGUUCUUCUGAUAGUUCUCAGUGUCUGUUUGGUCUUUGCUUUCGGAGGUGUUUGCACUCUGGCCAUACUUCUUUCACAUGCUACACACUUCAGUGUGCCUGUGUCUGAUCAGGACCAAAAUGCCACAGAUUACAAAGCACAGUUUGAUGCGCUCCGGCACCAGCAUGAGGAGACACUUAGAAAGCUGAACAGAUUAAAUUACAGCACAGGGUGUGCACUUUGUGCCGUCCACUGGAUUCAUUCUGGAGGAAAGUGUUACUACUUCUCUAAGUUCAAGAUGAAUUGGACACAAAGUCGAGAUCACUGUGUGUGUCUAGGAGGACAUCUAGUGAUCAUAAACAGCAAAGCAGAGCAGGAUUUUGUUACUUCUAACGUUAAAGUAACCCACUGGAUUGGUCUUAAUGAUCUGGAAACUGAAGGUCACUGGGUUUGGGUGAACAAACAGCCAGUUAAUGAUUCAGUAGAAUUCUGGAUUAAGCGAGAGAAUGGAAUCAGAGAGCCUGAUAACUGGACUAAAGGCCAUCCGGACGGUGAGGACUGCGCUGGUCUAGGACAUCCUGGCGGAGAGACGGAUUUCUGGUCGGAUGCUUUCUGUUCUCUAGAGAAAAGAUUUGUGUGUGAAGCUCCUGCAGCAGUUUAAUUCAUCGCUCCCGAAAAGAUUUUGUCCAUUUGCUCAUUAGUAUUUAUCAAAGGAACACAAAGACACAUUUUGAAGAAUUAAUGUACUUACCACUUUAACCCCCAAAUACUUUGCAUUAAAUGUAAGCUUUGUAUUAAAUGUAAACAAGUUUCUGCUUUUAA